GACGUUUCUGUUGUUGCUAGCUUGCCGAGCUUGACGAUGAACGGCCGCCAGUCUGCACGUGUACCGAGGAUUCAUUGACAGUUGUGGAUAAUUUCAUCGCUUUAAACGUAUUUUUUUGGACUAUUCUUUUCAUUUGACGUGUAUUUUGUGUAUUUUGACUUGCUGAGUGCAUGUCAUGGUAAUAAGAAGAGAUAAUAGUGUUUAUUUAUGCUAGUCAACAACGUGCGCAGGCAGGCUAACGCUAGCUGAGAACAACAUGUUCAGACUUGUUCUCUGCCACGCUGCGAGAGUGGAGGGACAACGACAUACACCGCUUUGGAAACACUGGCCGCUCCUUUAAAUUAACACAGGACGUGUAAAAAUGGAUUACCAGUUUCCAAAGCAGCUUUUUCCUUCGUUUUAUAACUGCGGACCGCCGGACUCGGUCCUUCCACCCCGCGCAGGAAACUGGGGCUGCUAUGAGCGAGUCAUGGCUCAGGACGGCUCUGGUCCUCUCUCCAGCCGGACAUUUGCAUCCCGACGCCAGGUCAGAGGGGCGACGUGGCAUCACAAGGAACCAGUACCUAUUCCCCUCCUGUCCCCCAGAAGCUCUGUCCCGUGGCCUGUGACGCCCCCAGAUUCGCUUGACUUCAGAGAACAUAUGAAGAACUUCUUCAUAGAUCACUGCCAGGAUGCCUUCAGCUCCAUGGGCAACAUUCUGGGUGAAAACUUAGAUUUAAAAGGCCGAUCAAAAGAGAGAUAUCAGCAAAACUUGAUAAACAUGUGGAACCUCUUCGAUUUAAGGGAUUCUAAAAUACAUCAGACGUCGUAUAAAGCCACUGCUCUGGACCGGUACAGCGUCCUGCUCUCCGACGCAGUUCACUCUGUCCCUCCUGAGCUGCUGGGGGCUCUGCUGCACGAGGAGCUGACGGAGCAGAGGGACCGCCUGCUGUUCUCUGAGGGAGCCACAGGGGGCGCUUUAGCCUUCGUUCCUUUCUCACAGAGCUCCCAGUGCGGCUGCCUCGUGUAUCCUGGGAAUCAGGGACGGGACUGCCUCAACUUCCACCAAGUGGAGCUUCAGCAUCACAGAGGAGGUUCUUCAUGUGUGGAUUCCGGCAGCAGCGAGCCAUUCAGAUUCCAGCUGAAAGGCCCUGUGAGACAGAUCAGCUCUGCUUCUGUGCUCAACCAAAGUUGUGUUGCUGUGCGAUCGGACUAUCUUUGUGGAGUUUGGGGUUUCAGUGAAACAAAAGAGCCUCAUCUGCAUCAAGUCAUCAACACUACAGAGGUCGCAACUUGCAUCAGCGUCAGUCCUCAUGUUCUAGGAGAAGUGUUGGUGGCGAGUGAGAGUGGGAGAGUGAAUCUGUGGACCGUCGGCAGAGGGAUACAGACGGUCCGGGAGGAAGACAGCAACCUGUACUUUAACGCAAAGUCUUCAUGGCGGUGGUGCGAGUUCUCAGCCCAUCCGAGGGUGAUGCUGUACGCAGACAGGACUGGCGUGGAGCUCACAGACAUCAGGGUGAGUUUGGCCGUCUGUCACACCCUGUUUCGUAUCAGCCACACAUCAGAGUGUCGGCGUGGAGAGAGACUCAUUCUGUCCAAGUAUUUGGGAGAAGCUCACCCUUUCCAUCACCUCGUCACCACUCAGUAUUCAGCCUACAUCAUGGAUGAGCGUUUCCCUGGCGUUCCCAUGCUGAAGUGGGAUCACAUGAUGCAGUCCCCGCCCAUGUUUUGUCACGUUAUUCCUGGCUCCUACUCCUCCUCUCUAUCUGGAUCAUCAGCAGGUGGAUCUGGAACCACUAAGGUUCUGUUGGGCUCCCAAAGCUCCCAGGAAAUCACCCUGCUGCAGUACUCAGGAGGCAGAACAGAUGCCUGCUCCAGUCAGGGUCCUCCUCAGGCUCUGCUCAGACCCAGAGACAGCCUGAAACACCUUCCAGUGCAGAUCCCUCAUCACCUUCAAACUGCAACCAACAGACUGUCCUCACCUGCAGCAGGUCUGACUUGUAUCCAGAUGAAAGGCGACGGAGGAGAAGGUGGAGAAGAGUGCCUCUGUGUCUUACAGCUAACUGAGGCUGGAGAUAUCUUCUACCACAUCAUCGAGUCUGAGCUUCCAGCCACCGAGGAUGAAUCAAUACCUGAAAAACCGCCUCAACAGAGUCUGAGAGAGACCCGACAGCCAAGAGAGCCUCACACAGAUUCUCAGCUGGUAUCAGAGACGUCGAGCGAUGAGGAUGUAAUCGGACCGACUCAGGUUCCGACUGCACAGAGAUCUGUAGCUGAAACACCAGAGAGGAUGCAACUAGGAGGAAACACAUCCUCUGACUCUGAUGAUUCAGCGAGAGGAGGGUGGAGGAGGAGGAGCAGGAACCUGAAGCGGUUGAACCUGCAGAUCAUCGUUAAUGAAGAUGAAGAGUCCAAUCAAAUGAGUGACUUGGAUGCUGGUGCGAAUGAUGAAGAGGUGAGGGAAAGUGUUAAUGAGGAGCCUCAAAGCCUGGAGGAAGUGGUGGACUCGAGAAGUUGUGAUGUUGUUGGGACUCUGGUGAAGCUCAGUGACGACGCUCUGGACACAUGGAGACACUGGCUCAAGGAUCUAAUGAAGAAGAGCCACAAAAAGAAGCCCCGCCCACGCUGCUUGCAGAACUUUGAAAUCCAAAUUAAAGGUGUACCCCAACCAGAUGAUGAAGAAGAGCACGUGCAGAACCUGAGACGAGAUCUGAGAGCAUGCAUGUCCAAACGCUCGCUCCUCAUCUCUGGCUCCAUCACAGCUCCAGACGUGGAACCACUUCCUAUCACGGUGGUCACAGAGGCAUGGGAGGACCAGCUGAGCCAGCGCCUGACACUCUCCUGGCAGGGGGAGGAGGCGUGGCGGGCGUGGUGGGAGGACAGCUUGGGGCUGAACAGGGAGCAGAAAGUGGAGGCCCUGAGGAGGAAGAGGAGGAGGGAGAAACAGGCGAAGCGACGCCUGGAGCUGUCCGGGAGCUUCACCUCGUCCAUCAGCUACCAAUCCGAGCUCUCGGACUUCUCUGAUUCUCUGGGUUGGAGUUCUGCAGCAAGUCAGGACGCAUGGUCGGAUGCAGAGAACAUCGGAGAGGACUUUGAGGAGAGUGAGGCACCGAGAGCUGCUACCCCCUCUAUAGCACAGACAGACAAUCCUGCUCCUGCUCCUGCUGCUGCUCCCACUCCCACUCCUGUUCCCGUUCCCAUUCCCGUUCCCGCUCCCGCUCCCGUCCCCAGUCCUGCUCCUGCUCCUGCUCCUGCUCCUGCUCCUGCUCCUGCUCCUGCUCCUGCUCCUGCUCCUGCUCCUGCUCCUGCUCCUGCUCCUGCAACACCUCAAAGUAUCAAAGCCAGACCAGACGAGCAGCAAAUCCCCAGCAGCUCCCGCACCUUCACCCUGCCUCAGACACCCAGACCGAUCUCCACACCGGCCAGUCAGAGAAAGAACAAACGCUCACUAGAGGACGUCCUCAGCUCUCUGGGGGAUCCCUUGCAGCAUGACGGUUACUCCCAGGACAGCGUGGAUCACCUGGCCGCUCCACCCGGGACGUCAUCCUCUCAGCUCCGCACCUCACAGUCCUUCUCUCAGAGGAGCUUGGGGACAGACCUGUCCCAGGACUCCUUGGUGUGGUCUCUGUCUCAGUCCGUCUCUCAGAGCUCACAGGGGCGUCCUGGGCUGUCGCAGGCGUCACAACCAAAGAAGAAGAAGUCUCGGAUGGGGUUUUGAUUUGUCGAUUUUGGAAUAUUUGCUUUGUUGAAAAGCUAGUUUGACUCCUGAUGUCUUCAGCUGCGUUAGGAUCUGUUUACUGGAUAUAUGAUGGUUUUAUUCACCAACGUGCACGCUGGAUUAAGAUCUGGAGGUGGAUCAGACUUCAUGCUUAAGGUGGAUCUAUCAGGGCUUCAUCUGGAGGCUGAAAAAGACGGACUGCAGACCAGUUUGGUAGGAUUCAGUGGAAUUUAUUAUCUCUGUUUUUGUUUGUAAUGGUGAUGUUUUGUGUGUGUGAGAGUGUGUGUGUGUGUCUGUGUGUGUGUGCACUGCAGGUGAUCUUUGCCCAUCUUCUGUUUAACACACAUCUCUCUGACAGCUGUUUAAACACACCUGACUCUAAAUGUUGACCUGAAAUCAACCUGAAAGAUAAAGUUAUUAAACUUUGAAAAUAUAAAACUAUAAGAUAAACAGGGUUGUUUGUGAAUUAAAGGAGACAUUCCUUCAGUUCUUAUUAAAACGUUGCUCUAAGCCGGGCUCAGACUACAGGACUCUUGAUGAUAGAGAACUGAUGCAGGGUCCAGAAUAUGUGGGUCAUAAGAGGGCUCUGCAGAUCCCUCUUGAACAGCUUGAUGAAAUCAAACAUGCUUGAUAUUUAGGAAGUGAAAUCUACAUAAUAACUUUAGUACUUUCUAAGCAGAUCAUUAGUAAGAGCCACUGAGGGAGAGAGGAGACGGAGAUGUGUGCAUCUUUGAAAUGCGAACCAAACGGUUCUAAUUUAGCCGGUUUAAAUCCCACCUCAGAUGAUUUUUCUUACUCAGGCUGGUCAAGUUUUUUUUCCCUCUUCAGUUUUACUACAACAGCUAAGUUUCUUCUUGUGUGAGUGAAGCAAAGCACCUUUAAAACCAGCAAGGACUAGGGGCCUGCACAUUAAGAGAAAGAUAUGCAAUGUUCAAUGACAUCAUUCAGGAUCUUGAUGACAUCAGUGUUUAAGUUUGAGUUCAAAAUGGGGUUUCGAUUCAUCCAGUGUUGGAGUUUAAGAGUCAUACCUCUCGCAUUUACCUGCAGCUGUACGAGACGACUGUUUCACAUAACAUUAGAUUCUGAUUGAUCCUGUCAGUGUGUCUGGAUAUUGAAAUGAUCAAGGAAGUUGCAGCGCAAUGCGUCACAUCUAAAUAUGCAUCCUUCUUCUCUUAAUGGGGAGACAGUUUCUGCUGCAGCGGGACGACUGUAGGAGUCUCAAAAGUCCAAACAAAAUAUCUUGGAGUGCUACCGUUAGCUUGCAGCCUGCUAACAGUCCAAGUAACUUCAGCAUUAUUCUUACUCAUCAUCAUGGACAGAUGAUCUUGUCCCAGUCAUGACCUCCUUCCUCAACAGUUCUUUUACAGAUUGAACAUGUUGCCCUUGAAAGCAAAACUCUUAAUUCAUGGCACAUCUCAGGAACUGUUAUGAACAAGCGAGGACCUAAACACACAUGUACGAGUCAGCUCCCAAAACUGAAUUAAUUUAGAGUCUAAUUAAAAAAAAUAACAAAAUCUUGAAACAGUCUCAUUCAAGUUAGAGAACUCCAUCUUCUGAGACUGAAUGCAGUCAAUGCUGGAGUCAGAGUCCAAAUCUGUGACAGCAGUCCUCAAGUCUUUAACAUAUUAUAUAUACACAAUUCCUGUGUUUGGAACUCAAUCUUUUAUAAAUCUAAAUACCAAUGGCCAACAGUGAUCCUGAGCUUUGGUGUGAAAGCAUGAUCAUGAUGCUGCGAGGUCCACCGGACAGGUAGAAUGUGCACAUGCUAAAUGAGAAAGCAUGGACACUUGUUUGCAUAAAAUAACUUUCGUAUUUGUUGCGUUAAAAUUCAGAUUUAUGCAACAUGUUUACAGAUUAUUUAGAAACUCCUGUAGUCUGAGCUCAAACAUCCUGCUGUAGAUGUUUCAGUUUUCAAUCCUGUCUUCAGGUUUCAUUUGAAAUACGUCAGACUCUAAGGAAGAAGACGUGACGAGUUUCACAACCAAUACGUCGAUUUCAUGAGAUAUUCUGAGGGAUUUCUACAUAAUGGUGUGUGUGUGUGUGUGUGUGCGUGUGCGUGUGUGUGUGGCUGCUUCCCUUUUCCAGUUUCGUUUCUUAACCUCACUUGUUGGUGUCCUGACACAUGAAGAAGACCUCGCUCAUUGUUAUUUUUAUAUGAAGCCUUUCUGCAUCCUCUUUUCUAAACAUAACUGAUAUUUAAAUAAAAUCAAACGCAAAGAUGA